UUGCUCUCGGCUUUUUCAGUGACAGUAGCAAUGGGAAUGGGCUCGAGAUUUUUCUGAUAUGACAAACAUAAAAAAUUUUCCUCCUCUCCUCUUUCUCUCUCCAACCAUCUUCUAUGCUUCCAUUUCCCCAGAUCCUUCUACCUCUCCUUCCCUGCCAGUCUCAUCAUCUGAAUCUUGGGUAAAUUGGGCUAUCCACCAUCAUAAAAGAAAAAAAAUUGCAGAGAUUGCUUCUCCUUUUAAACUCCCAGGUGGAAGGUUGUAUAUUUCUCUAAUGCUUCCCAAAGAUGACUCCAGAUUAGAAUCCGAAAUUUGAAAUUUUUCUUCAGUCCUUUCUGGGAACUACUCCAGAUUAUAGCAGGACUCAACACUGUAUCCAGCCUACUUUGUGUAAAAUUAGUUAGUUUGAUUGUGCCUUCUUCUAUUCAUGUGUAUUUUAUUGCAGUUUGUACUCUAGUGUUGUACCCCUUUUCCUUUGUUCUUUGCAGAAGAGGUUACCUCGGACUUUAUCACUUUUUGCUUUCCUAUUAUUACAGAAUGUUAGUGCAUGGUGAUAUUACACUUGAUAAUCUCUUGGUAGCUACAUCUGGGAUUGUGAAGAUUGGUGAUUUUAGUAUUAGUCAGCUUGUUGAGGAUGAAAAUGAUGAACUUUGCUGCUCUACUGGGAUUCCUAUUAUUACCACAUCAGAGUGCUGUAUAGGUUCAACCUAUCAUAGCAAAGUUGCUGCCGUGUGGGUAGUUGGGUUCACACGCAUGAUAAUACUUUAUAGGAAAGUCUUGUUAGGGCAUACACUCAACUCUCCUACUUUUCCUCCAAAAGAAGAAAAUCCAAGUCAGAUGUCAAAGAAAGAUUUGGUGCUCAAGUACUAUCAGAUCACUGCAUCAUAUGGAAAAGGUUCUAUCAUGUGGCUUGGCCGCUCUGCCCCUGUCAAACAAGUUCCAGUUGUGUCCACAGGUUCAUUUGCUUUGGAUAUUGCAUUUGGGAUUGGAAGACUUCCAAAGAAACUUAAUGUGACAAUCCUGACAGGUGAUUUUACUAAAUUGGAUUUUGACUCCUACAAUGGGCCUUCCAGAGGAUAUAAUCAAUUGGGGAGCAUUGGAUACAGCACUGAGUAGUUCUUUUCGAAGUUAAGAAAGCAGCAGUUUCACGUAAGCAAGAAUUGGCUUAGAUAGCAUACACUCAUCUUGAGGCUGUCGCGGGAGAACUUAGCAAAUCUUGCCAUGGGGACAGCAGAAACAAAAUUGCUUUUGGAUAGGAGAAAGAUGCAUUGUGCGUUUCAAGCUCCAUGCCACAUGCUUUCUUAUUUAUCAAUGUAAUUAGUUUAGGACAAUUCUUUAUUGAAUUUAUUAGAAUCUCUAUGUUAUAGGUUUUUUUCGGUUAAUCUGUAACUAAAUUCCAUCAGACACAAACAAUUCCAU